UCCCUCGCAAGAAGAGGAGAAGGAAGCAUCCAAAAGGGGAAUUAGCCCGUCUCAGAUAUGCUCUCUCCUCUCUCAUCUCCCUCCUCUUCUUCCCUCGCUCCUCCUCCUCCUCGCUCUCCGGCUUUCAUGCCUAUCGUGGAACACCAGAAAGAAGAGCAGCAGGAGGAAGCCGCGGGAGUGAGAUUUAGUGCUUACGUGCACAAGCCCACUCCACUCCACCCCUCCAUCGUAGGUUCGUCGACGGUGACCACCCCACCAGCUCUCACCACGCGGCGGCCAUCCCGGACCAGAGGCCAGGACGAUGGCGAGGCCGUGUACGUCUCCUGCGACAAGUGCCGCCCCACCUCCCGCGACAAGCUCAUCUCCGUUGUCCCCCUCGACAACGCCGCCGGACACAAGCAUUCCCCCGCGGGCUCUUCUUCCCCUGGCCCCGGCGGCCUCCUUCGCUCAUUGUUCCUAUCUGUCACCCGCCGGAGCCCCACCGCUGCUGCCGGCGUAGCAUCAACCGCCUCGGCGGCCUCCGCUGUCCGUGAAGACCAGUGGCGUCUCGUGGCGGCGGAACUGUCCAGGAAGCUCCUCCACGCCACGCGGAAACGCGACGAAGCCGUCCUCGAGGCUUCCCGCCUCGAGUAUUCCCUCACCGAGCUGGAGCGCAAGAUCGACCGCCUCGAAUCUCAUUGCCGCGACCUCCGGGCUUCCAUCCAACCUGGCCCUGCUCUCGGCCCCUCCACGGCUCCCUUCCCGACGGAGGCCUUCCACGUAGCCAUCGCCGACGCACGCGCUGCCGUCCGCCAGCUCGCCCGCUCUCUCAUCGCGCAUGUCCGACUCGGCCCACCCGGGUCGCGGUCCUCCGACCGGUUGACGGCGUUGAUCCAGCACGACGACCCCUGGGCCGCCAUCCAAUGGCGGAGGAACCCCGGCGGCUUGCUGUUCCACAUGGAGGCGCUACUGAGCCAGGCAUUCUACGCCGGGUUCGAGGAGGACGACGAAGAGGAGGCGAGGCUGAUCGACCCGGCGGCCCGGUGCGAGGCGAGCCGGGCGGGGUACGAGGCGGUCCGGGGGCUGGGAUGGGACGAGGUGCUCUGCAAGGGGACGCGGCACUACAGUGAGGGGCUGAGUCGGUUCUGCGAUCGGAAGAUGAGCGAGGUGGUGGGGGUGGUGGGGUGGGACCGGGCGUGGCCGGAGGGGCUGCUACAGGCCUUCUUCGAGGCGGCGAAGGGGGCAUGGGUGGUGCGGCUCAUGGCGCGGUCCGUUCACCCGGCGCUGCCAGUGCUGAGGGCGGACCAGGGGGCGCGGUUCGACUGCCGGUUCAUGGAGGACGUCGCGGCUGACCGGGUCCGGCGGCUGACCCCGGCGAACGUGCGGAUGAUGGUGGCACCGGGGUUCCACGUGUACAACGCCGGCGGCGGUGGGGUGGUCAAGUGCACGGUGCUCUGCGCGUACAACAGCAGUAACAGCGAUUGAGCGGCGGAAACAGUUCCGAGAAGCCUCCUCGAUGGAUUAGCAGGAGGAGAUCAUCAUGUGAGGGGGAGAGAAUAAUUUUGUGCAUGGGGAUAUACCAACAAUGUCAC